GUUAGGGAUUUUUGGCUCUUCCGUUGAAGCAUUGGAUUGACGUUGGUACGGGGGUGAUUGACGACGAUCUCAGGUCUUCUUUCGCUUACUUCUAUUAAGAAUUCUGCACUCAAGGUUCAUAUCUUCUUCAUUAUUAGGAGGACUUUGAUGAAUUCAGCGAUGUUGAUGAACUAUACAGCUCAUUGCCUUUAGAUAAGGUGGAGACUCUUGAAGAUCUUGUUACAAUCCCCCCUGGCCUAUCUAAGGCUACUCCUAGUCUCAGCUUGAAGAAUACUUUGGCUGUUUCAGCAUCACAAUCAGCAUCAGCAUCUGCCUCACAAACAUCUGUUGAAACUAUCACAUUCUCCCGUUCGCAGAUCGAAAUCUAAAAGAUCCCAUCUUUCACGAACCUGAAUUAUAUCCAUUCUCGUUUCCAAUGCCAAAUGCCUGGAAAAGAGACAAACCCACGAGGCUACUCUCCCCAAAGUUCCUCUUUUUACUCUUCUCCUCCACACUCAUCCUCAUCGUCAUCUUCCUCUCCUCUUCUCGCCCCUCCAGCCCUAACCCUAACCCUAACUACUUCGCCCUCAACAAUCGCCUCUCGUUCCAUGCAAUCUCCCCCUUUGACUGCUUCAAUUCCCCACAGGCCCACCCUGUUAUCGCUAGCACCGUCGAAGGGGUUCGCUACCCAUUCCUCUUCUCACUCUCCGAUUUUGGAACCCUUCCCGAUAAGCCCCACAAGAACAUCGUCAGGAUCCUCAAAGGUAAGCCCUUUCGGAAGCCCGACAUAUCCGUGACGGUUCAGGACAUUCUGGAGAAGGCCAAGACCGAAGGGAGAGACGGCUUUUUCGUCGACGUGGGUGCCAAUGUCGGCAUGGCCACCUUCGCCGCUUCGGCUAUGGGCUUCCCGGUCUUGGCCUUCGAGCCCAUCUUUGAGAACUUGCAGAAGAUCUGUGAAGGGAUUUUCUUCAACAGGGUGACCAAUUUGGUUUCGUUGUUUGAGGCUGCAGCUUCUGAUCGGCUUGGUAACGUUACGGUUCACAAGUUGGUUGGUAGGCUGGACAACAGUGCUAUCUCUGCCACAGGUGCAAAGUUGGCAUUCAAGUCUAAUGAAGAGGUUGCAAUUCAAGUAAGGACUGUUCCUCUUGAUGAAGUGAUUCCGGAAUCGGAGCGAGUGCUUCUGCUUAAAAUAGAUGUCCAAGGCUGGGAAUAUCAUGUCCUCAAAGGAGCAACAAAGUUGCUCUCAAGAAAGGGAAGCCAAGCACCAUAUCUCAUAUAUGAGGAAGACGAGCGUUUGUUAGAGGCCAGCAAUAGCACUUUCAAAGAGAUCCGAGACUUCCUAAGUAGUGUGGGUUAUAAUGAUUGCACCAAGCAUGGCACGGAUGCACACUGCACCAAGAAGGAUGUAAGAUGAUUGAUUGUGUAAUUUUUAGUUUUCAGAUUUGCAGCAGCACCUUGAUGGAAAACCAAGUCAUUGCUCUUUUUCUGGAAAAGCUACUUCUUGAAUGGUGAAUUUGAUUAGAGAUGCUGAUGGAAAGAAGUUAAGAUGGGAGGCAAAACUACGCCGCCAACGGCAAACUCGGUAGUUACUUGAUAUCACACGUAAGUAUAUCUCUCUGUAGAAAUUGGGAGGGAAUAUGUUCUAGACAUGAAAUUCUCGUGAUUCUUGUGUACAUUAAUAUAUCUGUGGGUGUCUUUGAGGCUUGUAUCCUAGAUUUUAAUUGUGAGCACUGAGCAGUGAUUUCCAGCUACAAUUUUUUUUAAAUAGAAAUUCAAAUUUUCAUUGAAA